AUGUCCACUGAAGUACCAGUUUGUGUUUACAAGUCCCAACCAGCUCUAAUCUUCCCUGAAAAACCAACUCCAAAAUGUCCAUUAUAUCUCUCUAACACGGAUAAUCUAAAUUUUCUGAGGCAUACUAAAGUCGAAUUCAUGUUUGUUUAUAGAAAAUCAAUACCAAUUAAUAAUUUAAAAUCUUCUCUUUCUAAAGUUCUUUUUCAUUACUAUCCAUUAGCUGGAAGGUUUAGAAAUUGUGCAGAAGAUGAGGAUAGACUUGAAGUUGAUUGUAAUGGUAAAGGUGCUUUACUUGCUGAAGGAUUCAUGGAUUUUACUGCUGAUGAGUUUUUAGACGAUAAUGCAUGGCUUGACAUGGCUUGGAAGGACAAGCUCUUGUUUAAAGUUGAUGCUAAAAGUGACUCGGAUAUUCCUCCUCUUGUGAUUCAGGUAACAUAUCUAAGCUGCGGAGGAAUGUUGAUGUGCAUCCACAUGAACCACUGUAUUACUGAUGGUGUUGGUGCAUCAAAAUUUUUGCACGAUUGGGCACACCUACAUGCUAAACCCAACAUGGAUCUUCCUAUUUCCCCUGUCCACAACCAUGGCCUUACAUUUGAAGCACUUGCUGCGCACGUCUGGCGCUGCUAUAUUAAAGCCUUAAAUCUUCCUUCAUCACUCAAAAUCAAACUCUUGUUCCCAGCUAUCAUUAGGACAAAAAUAGAACCAAAUUUACCAAAAGGAUAUUACGGCAACAGUUUCAUAUACGCAUGUGCUAAAACUACAGUUAAAGAAAUAGUCACCGCUAAAGUGAAUGAUAUUGUAAAACUAAUUCAGAACAGUAAAAGAAGAGUAUUGUCAAAUGAUUAUGUGAGAUCUAUGAUUGAUAUUAUUGAAGAAAAAAACUUACAACUAGCUAUGUCAACAACAUUAGCUAUAUCUGAUUGGAGAACGCUGGGGAUCGAGAAAUUGGAUUUUGGUGAAGGUAAGCCUUUACAUGCGGGUCAAUUAAGUAGUGAGACUUGGUGUUUGUUUUUACCGCAGAUUGGUGGCUGUAAUGCCAUAAAAGUUCUUGUUUCAAUACCAAAGAAGAUUGUGCACAAAUUUGAAUAUUACAUGAUGAAUGAUAUUCUCCAGAAAGAUGACGAGUUGAUCAAUGGAGAGUUUGAGUUUGAAGGAAACAACAUCAAGAGUAGGAUAUGA